AAAAUACAGAGGAAAAUAUGGCGCAUUAAUGAUGAGCCAGAGAUGCUUUUACUGAACAGUAUUUUCGGCCCAUAUAAAUGUGGAAGGUGUUUUCAGAGAAUCAGAGAUGUGUGCACUGGGCCUUUAAAGCUGUUUUGCAUCCGGAGCAGCUCCUUCAUGUCCCUCAGACAGGCCAGCGUCUCAUCUGCUGCAUCACAAACCAGUUUGUUUACAAGGGUUUAACAGGUUUACUACUGCUGCUGUGGUCUCCUGGUUCACUAUGGCCCAGAACCAAGUGAUUCUGCAGUUCCGCUUCGCCACGUUUGGAGACUCCAUGCUGCAGAAGAUGAACCUUCUGCGGCACCAGAGGCGCUUCUGUGACGUCACUGUGCGCAUCAACCAGAUGGAGGUCCCCGGUCACAAAGUGGUGUUUGCUGCUGGCUCCUCUUUCUUGAGGGACCAGUUCAUACUUCAGCAGGACUCCAGAGAGGUCCAGAUCUCCAUGAUCCAGGAGGCAGAAGUGGGCCGGCAGCUGCUGCUGUCGUGCUACACUGGCCAACUGGAGUUUCCUGAGCUGGAGCUGGUGCAUUACUUGACAGUGGCCAGCUUCCUCCAGAUGGGCCACAUUGUGGAGCAGUGCACUCAGGCCCUCAGCAAAUUCAUCAAACCACAGGCUCCACGCCAGCUUGAGGUGGAUGUAAACAUGAGGAGGGAGAAGAGGGAGGAGAGUUUAUCCUCCCAGGCAAGGAUGGAGCAAGAUCGCUCUCAGGUGCGGAGUGUCCAUCAGGAGGAGGAGGAGGAGGAAGAAGAGGAGGAGGAAGAGGUGGUGGAGCAGGUGGAGCGUGACAAUAAUGGUGACGAUGACAGCGAAGAUGAUGAUGUGAUUAUACAGCCUAAAAGCCCUGUACAGAUUUUGACCAGGCGUCCUAGGCAGGGUGUAGUGGAGAGUGACAUCACUAUAGUAAAGGUGGAGUCUGUGUCUGAUGUUGCAGAAAACUCCAUCACCUGUCACUUCUCCACCAGCCCUCCUGCAGCCCUCCACUCCCCUGAGCCCCAGCACUCGCUCAUUAAUUCAACCGUUGACAGCCGUAGCAGUGAGAUGGCGGUUCCGCCUGGCGUGGCGGGAUACCCGCUUAGCCCUCCUCCUUCAUCUCCACCAGCAGAGAAACACAGCGGACACCAGAGGAACUACGACAAGCCUCUCCAGUGGUACCAUCAGUGUCCCAAGUGCGCCCGGGUCUUCCGCCAACUCGAGAACUAUGCCAACCACCUCAAGAUGCAUAAGCUCUUCAUGUGCCUCCUGUGUGGCAAGACCUUCACGCAGAAGGGCAACCUGCACCGACACAUGCGUGUUCACGCCGGCAUUAAGCCCUUCCAGUGUAAAAUCUGUGGCAAGACCUUCACCCAAAAAUGCUCGUUGUUGGAUCACCUAAACCUGCACAGUGGGGAUAAGCCACACCGCUGUAACUACUGUGACAUGGUGUUUGCUCACAAGCCAGUUCUCCGCAAGCACCUAAAACAGAUCCACGGGAAGAACAGCUUUGACAAUGCAAAUGAAGGCAGCCUACACGACGGGGGUAUUGAUUUUGAAUUUGGACGAAUAUGAGAUUUUUUUUUUUUUUUUUUUUUUAGUUUACUCUCUCUGCUGUGUGUGAGAACACAGUAACAAAGGUGGCCAUUUAAGUGCAGAUGUUGGCUGGUUUUACCAUGAUGGAUUACCUGAAAGACACAAAAUGAAUAACAUUUUUCUGAUCGGCAUAUCACUGUAGCUUCAUUACUUCAGACUAUUUCUCGGGGGGGGGUUGUACAAUACAGUGUAGAUGCCUUCAUAUCAUACUUGAAAAUUAAACACUGAAAUACAACAUAAUGUUUGAACAUCAUUAGUUUAUUUGAAGCAUUGCCAUGUCUUUGUGUCAACCGUGUCCUUUAAAAAAAAUUACAAAAGGAACAGUAUUCAUUUUUAUAUUGUGUAUACAAUCUGCUGUAUCAUUCCUUUCUUAACUAUGUGACUAUGGCAACAUGGACUUAAGAGAAACUUGAAAGAGUGGCAAUGCAACAGUAUUUUACAUAAGGCAAGCUAUGUCAUUUUGUCUUGGUGACCCAUGGAAUGCCAAAGUGUGUAUUAGCCUAAAAGGGUCUUCUUUUUUUAUAGACUUUAUAUCUGAGGUACUAUUGGACCAAAGUGACAUUGUAUCUGUCCUGUGUUCAUGGAAGUCAA